AUGAAUGGGAUCGGAGGCGAUCUUGUUGAUGGCUCGGGCACCAUCAAUCCUGCUGCUCUGAAUAACACUAAUGUUUCAGUUGUUCUCCCAACACCGCCUUAUGGAGCAGCAGAUCCUAGUACAACCCCUCGCGGCAUCAAGCGCGCCCGCACGCCGGAACAGCGCGGAAUCUCUCGCGAUGGGGACCAGGAUGACGUAAUAGACGAGCAAGGCCGUCGGAAACGUGGCCGACCGCCAAAGACCCCCCGUCCAUCUACCAGUGACUCCUCAGUCAACCCCCAGUUGCAGACUCCUCAAAUGCAGCCGCAACAAUUGCAUGGAUCUCCCACCAACACCUCACCUCCGUUGGCCUCGCCUCCCGAGAAGACAACCCCGUCGAAAGCGCCCUUGGUCAAGGCUCUCCCGACCGUGAGGGACCACACUACCGAUCAACUGAACGAGGCGCGCGACGAAUAUAUCCCCAAAGAGUUCGACGACGCAGGCGAGAAAAAGGUGGACGCGAAUGGCAACCUGCAGGGUGACCGCGAAUACAGGUGUAGGACGUUCACCGUGCCACUGCGGGGAAAGAAAUUGUUCAUGCUGGCUACGGAGUGCGCGCGCGUCCUGUCAUACAGGGAUUCGUACCUGCUCUUCAACAAGAACCGAUCGCUGCACAAGAUUAUCGCCACGCAAAUUGAGAAAGACGAUCUCAUCCAGCAGGAUAUUCUUCCGUAUUCCUACCGCUCACGUCAGAUCGCCAUCGUCUCGGCGCGUUCCAUGUUUCGUCAGUUCGGCAGCCGAGUCAUUGUGAACGGGCGGCGCGUGCGUGAUGAUUAUUGGGAGAGCAAGGCUCGCAAGCAGGGAUUUACCGAGGACGACCUGGCCGGUGAGAAACGCCCAGGCGGCGCCAAGGCCCGCGAGGCUGCGGCCGAAGCAGCAAAUGCUGCCAACCUGCUGCCAACUCUGGCACAUGGCGAUGUGAUCUACAGCAACGCUCUGGAAACCGUACCCAGCAAUCUGUCGCUAGGAUCGGGCGCUUCCAUGUCGCAGCCGCUUCCGAUGAUUCAUAUGGCCACCACCUCAGAUGACCCACGUCUGCGGGAGUACAACAGCAUGCCUCGGCCCCGGCAAGAGCUGACCGGCCAGCCGUACCAGGACAAGUUGCAGCCUAGCACUGCCGCUGAGAUUCUUAAUCAGGCCACGCACACGGCAGACUUCAACAAGAUCUUGACCAAUCAGCGAAACUUCCGCCAGAAAGGACUCGAUGAGUUUUACGCCAAGCAACGUGAAGCUCCCGUAUCGGCGGCGCAGUCCCAGCCUGAACCCACCACAUCUGUUGCUCACACUAUGCAGUCGCCGCGGCUUUCAGCAGCCGGCGUUCUGAGCUCAACUCCGGCACAGCCGAGCAUGAUGCCGCAGGCUCCAAUGAUGCCCAGCCAAGCCGGGUUCCAGCCGCCAGCGAUGCAUCAGCAGCCUCCAGUGGCGCAGUCUCCGAUUCGCGCUAUGCCUCCGGUUCGUCCUGAGCUCAUGCACCAACGGUCCAACCCGGCUCUGGCGCCGCAGGCUGGGCCAUACGGAUAUCCUCCGCAGCAACAGCAGAUGUGGGGCCAGCCACCCCCUCAACCUCAGGCUUCCCCUCUACCCUCCAAUCCCCAGGGAAUACCCCAGUAUCCGACCCAAAUGCAGCAGCCGGGGUCACAGCCGCAAUCCCAACAUCAACAAUCGCCUUCUCCUCUCACCCACAACCUACCGCAGCAACAUCCAUCACAGUCUCCUCGUAACCAAGUUCGCCCAGGGGUGCCGCAGAUGCCGCAGUCUUUUGCCAUGCCUCACGCUCAGACACCUCAGCAGCAGCCCAUGGCCUCGAUGGGCUUCCCUGGUGGCGGUCCGUACCCUACGAUGGCUCCACGAAGCAUGUAUCCGUCGCAGCACGGCCCAGCCGGCCAGCCCUUCAUGCCGGGAACCCCUCAGCAACCGGGAAUGGGCAUGCAAAUGAACCCAGCUAUUCCAGGCUGGCCUGGUCAGCAGAUGCAACCUGGUCACCCACAGCCUGGCUGGUCUACAUACUGA